AUCAGUGCACCACUAAAGCCUUGAUCAAACGGAUCUGAAAAUGAUGCUGAGUCCCGAUCAGACGGAUCCUGACCUCACCUGGACACAACCGGACACGGAAUGUCUGAACGUCAUGAAGGUGGAGUGUGUGGCCCACGAGCCCUUAGAGGCCGCGGAUGGCAAGACUCGCGCACUCGUGCCAGCCGCGCUCACCAGAGAGGAGAAGAGACGGAGGAGGCGCGCGACUGCCAAAUACCGUUCUGCGCAUGCCACGCGCGAGCGCAUCCGAGUGGAAGCGUUCAACGUAGCGUUCGCUGAGCUGAGAAAGCUGCUACCAACACUUCCACCCGACAAAAAGCUGUCAAAGAUCGAAAUACUUCGCCUAGCUAUCUGUUACAUUUCUUAUCUUAACCACGUUUUGGACGUUUAAAAGAACAUUUACCAGUACCUUAAAACAAAACCCUACAAGUGUAAAUAAAGAAUACUUUUAUAGACACUGAGAAGUUGCAUAUUCAAGCUUUCACACGAAUAGCCCAUUAAGAGAGAGAGAGAGAGAGAGAGAGAGAGAAAUGGGUAAUACUUUAUAAUUAUUUUCAGAAAUAGGCUAUGUUUUGUUGUCUGUCCCCUCUAAUUACGAAAACGGAAAUCAGAACAAAGGGAUGGGAGAAAGUCUUUUAGUUACAAUAAAACAGUAGCUACCGAAAUUUUUACGUAUCGCAGUAAAUGAAGCUUGUUGUUUUUGAUAGCUACUGUAGUUAAGGAUAGCUUUUCAAAGAUUAGCUAUCCUGUUCAACAUGCCACAUCAUGAGCACAUUUGUGGCAAUAAUUUGUUGUGGAGAGAUUUGACUUGGGUUGGAUCUUAAUAGGCUACAGCACAUAAACAAAACAAAAUAUUUAUCUUUCGCAACCUUGUUAUAAACCAAGCUGAUUUUACAGACUACCAACCGUGUGGAGAAAUGUAUAGGCUACUUCUAUGGGCUGGAACAAAUCAUUACCUUGUUAGCUCUUCAUUUUUAUUUUCUUGUUCAUUUAUUUAUGAAGUAAAUUAAGUUAUGCGAGUGUCAUUAAAAUAGCAUAUCUAAAGUGUUUACGUAUAUAUGUAAAUAUUUAAUGUUUUUAUUAUUAUUGUUCCUAUUUUAGACUGAUGUGCAGAGUUUGGGUUUACUGUUGCUUUUCACUUGCACUUUUCAUUGGCAGUUUUCUUAGGAGUAGGAGGGCCUUCGCUGUGUGUGCACUACAGUUAUUAAUAUAAUAGUGUUGCUGUUGAUGUCCUGUCCUAUGAUAACGAGAAGCACUUCCCAUCGGAUAGGAUCUAUUGCUGUAUUUUUUAUUUUGUUUACAAAGUGCUCAUAGAUAGCGCUUUGGGUACCUGAUGACUUGGGGUAGUUUAAAAGUACAAUUACACUAAUUUAAAUACAUCAUAAUCAAUGUCAGAUAAAUAAUUUGGCCAUAAACAUUGUGUCGCCUGCCUUGCAAGUCUAAGCUACCCAUCGACGCUCUCUUUGCUGCGACCAAAAAUGAUCUCAAAGUAGUUUAAUUUUCUUUUAGAAACUAUUUAUAGAGAUUAUUUGUUUAUGUGAAUCUUGUGUACCUUUUGGAAAUUUUAUAGUGAACAAAUUAUCUCACAUCUGCCUCAUAUCCAAAGAUCACCCUGCUAAUUCAAGGGUUUGUCCGUCAUUUUGUAGUGGAAUAGCCAGUACACUGGUUUGUAUCGCAGUUUUUCAUAUACUAUUUUAGGAUAAAUAGUAAACAUAUUAAUUCAGCCCUGA